AUGGCGACUCUAUCGAACGAAAUACAACACAACCCUCCAAGCCUAGAACCGCGAGCUCAAACUACAGCACUUAAUUCCGAGGCGGCAACAUGCAAUUCCACAAAGAAAGUAGAUGAACGGAUGAAUAAAUUCAAGGCUUUGCGAGUACGCGCGAAGGAAGGUGCACAAAUAAACUUAAAAGAGGCUACUUUAGAAUCUCAGAGACUAGCCACAGACCCUAAUCUUCUUACCUCCCUGAAGAGGAAGUCAGCCGUAGCCUCACAUAAUCUGCUCAAAGCCGAUAGCGAAACUGCGGGAGAAGACUUUGAGCGAAAGCGUGCUUGGGAUUGGACGGUAGACGAGAGCGAGAGAUGGGAUAAGCGUCUGAAGAAGAAAGAGGCGCACCGAAACAACCAAGCAUUUCAGGAUUAUCGUCAAGACAGUCGCAAAGUAUACAAGCGACAGAUACGAAGCCUAAAGCCAGAUAUUGGGAAUUAUGAGAGAGAAAAGAUGACGGCAGUCGAGAAGGCAGCUGCGAGUGGAGGGCUUGAGAUUGUCGAGACAGACGAUGGGGAGUUAGUAGCGGUAGACAAGGACGGCACAUUUUUCACGACUGCAGAUUCUACUGCAUUUGUCGAUCACAAGCCUCCAAAAGAGGCGAUUGACCGAUUAGUGAAAGAUUUGCAAGAGGCGGAAGAAAAUAGAUUAAACAAGAGAAGAGAUAGAAUGGCUCAAAACGGAGAAGAUGGCGAUGUCACGUAUAUUAAUGAGAAAAACAAGCAAUUCAACCAAAAGCUCUCGAGGUUUUACAACAAGUAUACUGUAGAGAUACGGGACAGUUUUGAGAGAGGGACGAUGAUAUGA